UGUGUGUGUGUGUGUGAGUGAGUGUGAGAGGGAGAGGUGUGUGUGGAUCAGCCUCCCCGGACCGCUGCAGCUCUUCAAGCUGUAGGAUAUCCAACAGGUCACUGGACUCUACACAUACGGCUCGCUGUCGUCGCGGUUGUAGCCUCUCCAAACGAAACUAAAAGCGUCUCUGUGUUUUGGUUCCUGGAAAAAAAGAAAAUGGCUGGAAUGCUGAGCAAGGACCUGCCGGAUAUCGAGAGUAUCCUGGCCCUCAACCCGAGGGUGAAGAGUCAUGCCACGCUCUACUCUACUGCAGCCAAGAAAGCUGAGAAGAAACACUGGAAGCGAAACACGGAGAAAGGCUGUGAUAGCUGCGUGAAGCUGGAGAACAAUUUCGAUGACAUCAAACACACGACUCUGAGUGAGCGCGGAGCACUUCGGGAAGCCAUGAGAUGUCUAAAGUGUGCUGAUGCACCUUGUCAGAAGAGCUGUCCCACCAACCUUGACAUAAAGGCCUUCAUCACCAGCAUUGCUAACAAGAACUACUAUGGGGCGGCAAGGGCGAUCCUGUCAGACAAUCCGCUGGGUCUGACGUGUGGGAUGGUGUGUCCCACCUCGGAUCUUUGUGUGGGCGGCUGUAACCUCUUUGCCUCUGAGGAAGGACCCAUCAACAUCGGGGGGCUGCAGCAGUUCGCCACUGAGGUGUUCAGUAGGAUGGGUAUUCCUCAGGUGAGGAACCCUGAGCUCCCUCCUCCAGAGCAGAUGCCCGAGAGUUACCAUUCUAAGAUAGCUCUGAUUGGCUGUGGUCCUGCCAGCAUCAGCUGUGCCUCUUUCCUGGCCCGCCUCGGCUAUGAUAACAUCACUAUUUUCGAGAAGCAGAAGUAUGUCGGUGGACUGAGCUCUUCUGAGAUCCCUCAGUUCCGCCUGCCCUACGAGGUGGUGCAGUUUGAGCUGGACCUGAUGAAAGACCUGGGAGUGAAGAUCGUGUGUGAGAAAGGACUGGGCCAAGAUGGGAUGACCCUGCUGUCACUGAAAGAGGAGGGAUACAAAGCCAUUUUCAUUGGAAUUGGUCUACCUCAAGCUAACAGGCACAGAAUCUUUGAAGGCCUCUCUAUGGAGCAGGGAUUUUAUACUUCCAAGGAUUUUCUCCCACUAGUUGCCAAGGCCAGCAAACCAGGGAUGUGUGGUUGCGGCUGGACGCUGCCCCGGCUCCGCGGCAGCGUGAUCGUUCUGGGGGCCGGAGACACUGCCUUCGACUGCGCCACCUCUGCCCUCCGCUGCGGCGCGCAACGGGUCUAUGUGGUCUUCAGACGGGGUUUCACCAACAUACGUGCUGUCCCAGAGGAGAUGGAGCUGGCUAAGGAAGAGAAGUGCGAGUUCCUGCCUUUUCUGUCCCCGAGGGAGGUCCUGCUGAAGGAAGGUCGCGUUCAUGGCUUGGAGUUCUGCCGGACAGAGCAGACUGCCACUGGCGAAUGGGUGGAGGACCAGGAGCAGAUCACUCGCCUAAAAGCUGACUUCAUUAUUAGUGCUUUUGGCUCUGUACUCAGUGACCCGAAAGUAAAAGAGGCCAUGGCUCCCAUCAGGUUAAACAGAUGGGGUCUUCCUGAGCUGAACCUGGAGACCAUGCAGUGCAGUGAGCCGUGCGUAUUUGCUGGGGGAGACGUGGCUGGCCUGGCCAACACCACUGUGGAGUCCGUCAACGAUGGCAAGCAGGCCUCCUGGCACAUCCACAGAUACUUACAGGCCAUCCACGGGCAGACGGUUAGCAGCCACCCGCAGCUGCCCCUCUUCUACUCCCCCAUCGAUGCCGUGGACAUCAGCGUGCAGAUGUGUGGGAUCAAGUUCCCCAACCCGUUUGGUCUGGCCAGCGCCCCACCCACCACCGGUGCAAGCAUGAUCCGCAGAGCCUUUGAGCAGGGUUGGGGCUUCGCCCUCACAAAAACCUUCUCCCUCGACAAGGAUCUGGUCACCAACGUGUCUCCUCGGAUUGUGCGUGGAACCACGUCAGGCCCUAUGUAUGGCCCAGCUCAAGGCUCCUUCCUCAACAUCGAGCUGAUCAGCGAGAAAACCGCCGCCUACUGGUGCCAAAGUGUGACCGAGCUUAAGGUGGACUUUCCUCACAAUAUUAUCAUUUCCAGCAUAAUGUGCAGCUACAACAAAGCUGAUUGGACUGAGCUUGCCAAAAUGGCAGAGGCUUCUGGAGCUGAUGCCCUGGAGCUGAAUUUAUCCUGCCCUCAUGGAAUGGGCGAGAGGGGCAUGGGACUGGCCUGCGGGCAGGAUCCAGAGCUGGUGCGGAACAUCUGCCGCUGGGUCCGACAAGCUGUCAAGAUCCCUUUCUUCGCCAAGCUGACCCCCAAUGUCACCAACAUUGUGGAUAUUGCCAAAGCUGCGCAGGAAGGUGGUGCAGAUGGCGUCACUGCCACCAACACGGUCUCGGGGCUGAUGGGACUGAAGGCAGACGGCUCUCCCUGGCCUGGCAUCGGCCGAGACAAGCGCACCACAUAUGGCGGCGUGUCUGGUAAUGCCAUUCGUCCCAUCGCCUUGCGUGCAGUGUCAGCCAUAGCGAAGGCCUUGCCAGGCUUCCCUAUCCUGGCCACUGGGGGCAUCGACUCCGCAGAGUCCGGCUUGCAGUUCCUCCACGCCGGAGCCUCAGUUUUGCAGGUGUGCAGUGCAGUGCAGAAUCAGGACUUCACAGUGAUAGAGGAUUACUGUGUGGGGCUGAAAACUCUGCUGUAUCUGAAGAGCAUUGAGGAGCUGCAGGAUUGGGAUGGCCAAUCUCCUCCCACCAUCCGCCACCAGCAAGGCAAGCCUGUGCCCACACUAGAGGAGCUGGUGGGGAAGAGAUUGCCCAAUUUUGGUCCAUAUCUCCAGGAGAAGAAGAUGGCCAUAGCUAACUACAAACAGAAGCUGGCAAAUCAGAGUGACAACACAAUUCCUUCUGGUGGCUCGAGAAUCAACACCCCUAAGAAACCUGUGCCAACAGUUCAAGAUGUGAUAGCUCGAGCUCUGAAGCACAUCGGAGCGUACCAGGAGCUGAACAACCAGGAGCAAGUACAGGCUCUCAUAGAUGAGGAGAUGUGCAUCAACUGUGGGAAGUGUUACAUGACCUGCAAUGACUCUGGAUACCAGGCGAUUACGUUUGACCCUGAGACCCAUCUUCCUGUGGUUCAGGACAGCUGCACCGGCUGCACUCUCUGCCUCAGCGUCUGUCCCAUCAUCGACUGCAUCCGAAUGGUUGCCAGGACAACGCCCUACAUGCCAAAGAGAGGCCUCCCUCAAGCCGUCAUGCCUGUAUGCUGAAUGAAAGAGAGAGAAAAUGAGGAAGAAUUAAAAAAAAUAAAAAAACUCACCAACAAACGUCCACAUCAGAGCAUUGAUUUCUGUUCAUAAUUGCAGUGUGAAAAAUGACCUUUGUUGUGAGCGGGAAAAAAAGAAAAUAAUUAGUUUUGAGAAAUAAUUGCCUUAUAUUCUGAAGCCAAUUAUCCAGAAAUAAUCGUGCAGGCAAAAACAGUUGCGUUAUUUCAAAACAAUAGCGGGGCAACAUGUUGUCGUGGAGUUCAUUCGCUCCUUUCCGUCGGGGCUGUGCUAAUGAGAAUGAAGAGGGAGGAUUCAAAUAAUGGAUGUUUAUGAUGAUGCAGGAAGCCCAUGCCAUCACUGCUUGCUGUAUCUCCCAGCAGAAUGCAGCGACACUUCAUCCUGCAGGCUUGCUGGUCAAAUGAGACAUUAUGUGGACGGGAAAUCAUCAGACACACAAGGCGUGCUAAUGAAGAUGGAUGCAUAGUGAAUGAUAUGGCCUGCGAAAAAUCAAAACAUUUAUUAUGCACUUUUCAGAACAGUGUAGAAGCUGAGUUUUAAACAUCUCAAACAACCAGUAAACUGCUAUAUCUCAAUAAUUAUUAGAAUUGUGGACUAAAACCUGUUUUUUCAUUGUCCAGUGCUAUUUGAGACCAACUUUUCCAUUGUAGUUCUUCUUUAACAUUUAUGGCCUUUAUAACAAUUCCAGCCCCUUUUGAUAUGUUGACCAGUAAGCGGUAAUUCUGAAAGCUAGCCUGCUCGUGUUAUACGGUGAACGUCAUGGGGAAAGGUCACCGUUGACUGUUUCCAGAUCAUUAGAUAUGAAGACUAGCUGUGAUUCAUUCUGGACCCUAAAGGUCAGCUCUGACCACUUCUAUCUCAAUAAAUCCUCGCUGCUCCUGGCUGCAUGCACUAUGGCCACUCCGGCAGACAGCUGCUAAUGCAGCGUCUGAAACACGGCGGCUGCAUGUCGCCGGGCCGUAUACCUGUCCACACGCCAGGGUUUAUGCCACUGUUCCAUGUCAGCGCUACAAAAUGUUACUGCGCAAGAACAGGGUGUGAGGAUGUGUCGACAAGCUGUCACUGUGAAGGGCUCCAAGAAUUAUUCAGUCUAUUCAUGGCGUGGUUCACUGAGUGACACAGUAUUUCAGAUGAUAUCUGUAUGAACUGAAUUGUAACAUUGACGAGUAAGUAGAGUCAAAUUACUCCUUAAAUUGUACUACUAAUUGAACUAAUUGAACAUGUUGUGUUUUCCUCAUUUGUCUAUAUUUACAUUAAUAAAAAGCCUUUUUUCUCUCAACA